AGAGGUACAACAUCCUCACUUCUUCUACACCAGGCGGUUGCGUAUAGCCCAUUACGUAUCAUCAGCAACAUGUCUUGCAAAAAGAGCUGUGGAUCUUCUAGAAUAUCUGUUGGGUGCGGCGGAUAUGGGACCUCGGUGUGUUCCUUCCUUGGCAACUCCGGAGGCGUUUGUGGUACCCCGGCUUACUGUGGCAGCGUGAGUGGAGGUGCUGCUGGUGGCUUGGGGGGCGAAUUUGGCAACUAUGCCGCCGGUUGGGGCACUGGCGCUGCUUAUGGCUUCGGUGUUGGGCCGGAGGGCCUCCUGGCCGGUGGGGAGAAGGAAACCAUGCAGAAUCUAAACGAUCGUCUGGCUGCAUACCUCAACAAAGUGCGGGCUCUGGAGGAGGCCAACUCCGACCUUGAGUGCAAGAUUCGAGAAUGGUAUGAGAAGCACCGCAAUGCCUGUAUGCCCGACAGGGAUUACAGCAAAUACUACCACAUCAUCGAGGACCUAAAAAAGCAGAUUCAGUGUGCCAGUGUAGAAAACGCCCGGGUCAUUCUGCAGAUUGACAAUGCCCGCCUGGCUGCCGACGACUUCAAGCUGAAGUACGAGAACGAGCUCUGCCUCCGCCACGGUGUAGAAGCCGACAUCAAUGGCCUCCGCAAAGUGUUAGAUGAGUUGAACCUGGCCAAGUGUGACUUGGAGUCCCAGAUUGAAAGCCUAACAGAUGAAAUUGCUUGUCUCAAGAAAAACCAUGAAGAGGAGAUGAAGGGUUACCAGGGUGCCACAGGACACCUUAGUGUGGAAAUGAAGGCCGCCCCAGGAAAUGACCUGACCAAACAUCUAAAUGAUAUGAGAGCAGAGUAUGAAGAGCUGGCCGAGAAGAACCGCAAAGAGGCAGAGGCUCGAUUCAACGAAGCGAGUAGAGCACUCAAGCAAGAAAUAUCAUGUGGCGCCGAACAGAUUCAGUGCAGCAAAAAUGAGAUAACAGAUCUGAAGCGGAACCUCCAAGCGCUAGAGAUAGACUUGCAAGCUGCCCUGGCUAUGAAAAAAACACUGGAGUGCUCUUUGGCCGAAACCGAAGGGAACUACUGUGUUCAGCUUUCAAAGAUCCAGGCCAAGAUCAGCGCACUUGAACAACAGCUCUGUGAAGUCAGGACUGACAUGGAAAGACAAAGCAUCGAGUAUGAGCAGCUCCUAGACAUCAAGACCCGGUUGGAAAUGGAAAUAGAGACCUACCGCCGAUUGCUCGAUGGAGAGUCAUGCAUUAAAUCCUACCCAGUUCCCACUCCAAAAGAACCAUGUAAAACAAGAGUAAUUAAAACCAUCGUUGAAGACAUUAUUGAUGGAAAGAUUGUAUCUCAUCAAGUCACAGAAAGAAAGGAGUAAAUCGCCAACAUGUGCAACAUGGAUCUGACCUACAAAAUCUGGCCUUGACCUUCUGAAGCCUAGUAGCCUCCUGAGAUCACUUACCUUUCGCGUUACAUUAUCUACAGCAUUUACUCUUGCAAGAACCGUCAAUCUCUGGUGUUUGUCUUUAGAAUAAACUUUCCCUUUGAAGCAAA